CGAUCGAAGACGAACGCUGAAACAGCAAACGUGACCCGUGUGACAGCAAAUCAAUCGAGACGGAUAUACAUUAUGGGGCGGUGGAUGCAAUCGACGCGUUAUUGAGCGGCAAUUGACGUAUGCGCUUGCUGACAAGUGGAUGCCAACGAAGACCAAAGGAUUUAAGAAAGAAAGGUGCUCUAGCGGUAAUGAUCAAGGGAAGUGCUUUCUGUAUCAGCCUGCAGACGGGUCUCCAUCCGGAGAUGCAUUUCUGUGUCUCGAAGAUGCGACGAAGGGCUUCUUUCACGAGGUUCAUCAGUGUAAAUGCGCCGAAGGGAAUCUAUCACUGGACGUUUUCGAGCAAGAGCGGUUGAAGGCUGCUGGUCCCGACGACCUAUUCAUCUUAUAUUGCACGAGUCUAGUGACGGCUGACCUAUGUUUGCUGCCGAAUUCCGCGUUUGUUGAUGCCACCUGCUGGGAAGCGUACUACGGUCCAUUUGCUGCUCGUGCAUUCUUCAUCAAGUCUGUUCCGUUACCGUGCAUCAACACGAGCUCCGAGGUCCAACUGGAGUUCGUGGAGGGUGUAGGCCCGGCCUACCGUGCCCGAAUCGCGAAGAAGCGUCCAUUUACGAGCUUGGAAGAUGCUUUUGUGAAGACCAAGAUUCCAGUCAAGGUUCUUAGACGAUUCAAAUUCAACACGGAUUCGCGUUAG